AUGCUCAAGUUCCUUACCGUCUACUCUCCCGCCCGCCUUGGAAUUCUCCAUCCACGGAUUCCCAUCCGCAGCUGCUUUAAUCCCCGUUCUUGGAAAUCCAAGAUCGAGGUGCCAGAUGAAAAAAAAGAUGGCUAUAUGCUGCUGGAAUUCAAGAAUCGCUUCAAAUCCAGAAAAAGUUCUAAAGGAAAUAAUUAUGUGUGCCCAAAUGACUCGCUAUUGAACCAAGGGAAAUGUUACAGGUUUUCAACUUCUUCUAAAACUUGGAAUGAAAGUCAACAUGAUUGUGCAAAGCUACAGGCAUAUUUGCCGGUGACUCAAAAUUCAAAAGAGCUGGAGUUCAUACAGAAAAGUUUAAAAUCUGGACAACCUAGUUGGAUUGGACUAUAUAGUACAUCCCCAGGAAAACAAUGGAUGUGGAUAAAUGAAUAUUUUGUGGAACAAAAAAAAUAUUUCUCUUCUCCAUUCAUUAUCGUCUUUCACGAACUGACUGGACCAGUUGAUAACAUGAGCUGUGCUGUCAUAACAAGAAAUCAGGUGUAUUUUGAAGACUGUGACUCCAAAUUUAAUGGCAUUUGCCAGAGAGAUGUUGUCUGAACACCAAAAGCAAACCUGGGCAUUUAAAGAAUUGGAAGAAAUAUGUA